CCUGGUAAAAGUGUGCUUACUCAGCAGAGCUAUGUAAUGCCCAACAGAUGUCUUCCCAGAGAACCUCUGAAUGUGAUCAGAUUUUCCACACAAAGCAAACUCAGUUCUGUGGGCAAUAAUGAGCCAACAAAAGCAAAGUCCACUUUUGCUGAUGGUCCACCUUUUACUAAAUCAGGCUGGACCCUGCUGUGCUCCUGGAAGGAAUGCACUUUACGUAUGCUCCUCUCUAAGUCCUGCUGCUUUUCUCUGCUUACAUGGCAGUCCAAAGUGUCACAUUUCAAUUCAGCAUCUGGUUUUCAUAGCUCAUACAGGAUGUUGUCAAAGUGCAAUAAAACAACAGCGGUUUACUAUUGUUAUUGUAUAGAUUGUGGAAAGUGAGAGAGGGGAAAAAAUUCAGUUGGUCUAGGCAACCCUUCUUUUGUUGUACUGUGGCCAAAAAGGCAGUCCUAGACCAUGCAGCUUCUCAGUAUCUUCAGGACUCAUUGAGAGAUGUGCAACUUCAUGCGCUUACUGCACUUAGCAUAACUCAGCAAACAUGAUUUGGAUCACAUUAUUUUUGCUUUAUAUAUUCCCACAUCUUCUUGCGUUACCCAACACGACUGUGGACAUAAGCGGUGCUGCAGAUGAUGAACUCAUGAUGUUAGCUGAAGCUGUUGAAGAUGCAUCUCUACAGAAUCAGAAAGAACAGAGUGUCAGAAAUGUGGCUAGAGAAAAAUGCACAGUGCCGUGUGAGAUCACAGCGAAACUCAUGCAGGAUGAGAAGCAUUCUUGGUGCAGUAACCUUCAGCAUGCCAUGACAACAUAUACCAGGAGCACCAGAAAGCUAAUCCGAGAUUUAAUUGAUGAACAGCAGAAGACUCUGGAAUUCCUCUCUAACCAGGUAAUGGAACUCACAACCAAAGUCCACAGUCUGAGUUUAGACGUGCAGAGGAGCAACAGUGAGAUGUUUUCUGUGAAGCCCAUGCAUGCUCAUGGUAGAGACUGUACAGACAUCAAGGAAACACUAGAGGCAGUAACACCAAAAAUUCCAAGUGGGGUUUAUAUUAUUCAACCUGAAAACUCAGAGCUUUUGUUUGAGGUAUUUUGUGAAAUGGAUUACAUGGAUGGAGGCUGGACGGUCAUCCAGAGGCGGACUGAUGGCCUGACUGACUUUAGACGUGUGUGGUCAAAUUACCUGGAUGGAUUUGGACCCCUUCCCGGAGAGCAUUGGCUUGGUUUGAGGAAGAUGCACAGUAUAGUGAGUCAAAAGAACACCCGCUUUAAGCUUCACAUAUCCUUCGUCUCUCAAGAUGAGUCCACUGCUUAUGCUUCUUAUGACAACUUCUGGCUGGAAGACGAAAGCAAAUUCUUUGCAAUUCAUCUCGGCAGAUAUGCUGGUAGCGCAGGUGAUGCGUUCAGAGGAUAUGGGCAAGAGCAGAAUCAGGACACUGCACCUUUCAGCACCUCAGAUGUAGAUAAUGAUGGCUGCCUUCCUUUCUGCACGUUUGGUGGAAAAGCCGUGGAAAGCUGCAGCGUGCAACAGAACAACACAGGCUGGUGGUUUAAUCAGUGUGGCCGGGCGAAUCUCAAUGGCUCACCGCUGGAUCAAGAUCGUUCAAAUCAGCCACACCUGUACUGGGACACGUGGACUAAGAAUGGAGAACCUGUUAGCAUCAAGUCAGUAACAAUGAAGAUCAGGAGAGUUGAAGGCUCAAAUCUGAAAUAAGUGUUUUAAAAUUGUAAAGGUGGAGGAUUGUAAACAUUUUCAGAAAUUAUCAGUUAGAAUGUAGUUUAAUUAAAUAAACUUGACAUUACAAAACAAAAAAAGCUAGUUCUGUAAUAUUCUGCUAGUAUUCUGCUUUUUGAACUGAAAUGUCACUUUUAGGUUAGGGCUAUCCUGUUUAUAGAAACCAAGUGUUCUGCUGGCAGUGCCAUUGAUUUGUGCUGGAUAAUGAAGUGUAUUGUUUAGCAGCACUUCUAAGAAAUGACAUUUUGUAUUGUGCCACACUAAGGGUACAUAGCUAAACAACAUUCUGAUUUGUAGCCUCCUAGUAAGCACUCUGUGCAUGCCCUCUGUGCAAUAUGACUUGAUUUUUAUCACGUAUAUUAAUAUAUACAAAGUACAUGUUACACAGACAUGUAAACCAACUCCAAGACACUGAGAGAUGAAAAAAGCCAUCUACAUACAAUAAGUAUUUGACAAAGACGGAAAUGAUAAGUUAGUAAAAAACUGACACGAUUCUAAACUAAACUAUGUCUUUCAUUAAGGAUCUAAUAUUUUAUUAAAUGUGUUGUGUGUUAAAUAUGUAACGAAAUUAAACAUGUGGGGCUGUGCAAUUUAA